CACCCACAAAAGCCCAAUGGCUACUACCAUCGAGGCACAGUUCUCUCUGCACAAAAACUGUGGAACUCUAGAGUUAAGGGUUUAAGAACUCACCUAGAAAGAGCUUCUUCUUCUCCAUUUCCAGACCUCCUCUCUUUCAUCAUCAUACUAGAGAAAAUGGAGACAGUAAGGCUCCGUCUAGUGUUUGAUCAAAUUUUAAGCAAAGUACAAAAUACGCAAGGCCUUAAACGUUGCUGGAUUCUCCUUAAACCCCAACAUCAAACCAUCUCAGAUCUUUCCUCUUAUCUUCUCAAUGUCUUCAACCUUCAAAAUCACUGCCCUCAUGGUCUUCUCCUUUUGAUGGAAGGUUUUGCUUUACCAGGUUUUGAGUGCACUUCUAUUUUGAAGGAUAAAGAUAUAAUCAGGGUGGAAAAGAAUGGUGGAGUAUCUUCUGAAAUUGUGAUGGUAGGUGAUGAUGUGAAUAAUGCAUUGGAGGUGGUAGAGAUUGUGGAGACGCAGCCCUUGGUUACUACAGGUAUGAAUCUUUUAGCAAAUGAGGAAUUUGAGAAGGAAUCUGGAGGUUAUCAGAGUGACGAGGAAGAGGAUGUUCCAAAACAAGAAGAAGAGGCAGUGCAUGUGGUGGAAAAUGCUUCAGAAGUGAAAACAAUUUCCAAAAAGAGAAAGGCAAUGAAGGACCUUAAGAGCCCAAAGAGGAAGAAAACUAAAUCUGCUCGUGCUGAAAAGCAUGCAGCUGUCCUGGAGGAUAUGGGAAAUAAUGUUACUGGGGAGCAAAAUGGGACUUCAUGUACUCCCAAAUUUGAUGAAAGAAGUGAGAGUAGUAAAGCUUUAUCCAAAGCAAAGAGGAUUUCUCAGCCUCAAGAAAAUGGUGAUGCGAGUGUGGAUGCAUCCCCUAGUACUAGUGGAACCAAAAAGUUGCCUAGUAGAAGUGCUCGACGUAAACAAGCCAAGAGGAGAUGGUUGAGGGAGAAACUUAGAGCUGAAAGAAAAGAGCAACAUCAUAGGCAAUUGCGUGAAAACCAUAAUCUGAAUUCAUCUGAAAAGAAUAAACAGCAAAGCUCUCAAACCUUGGCUGAAAAAGGGAAUAACGGCGUUUUUGAAGAAUUACCUGAAAGUGGAGGUGAAGAACCCCAGGAAGAUGAUCAACAGCCAGAUAAAGAUAGUGAUUUAGAGGAUGAUAUUGUUCCUAUCGUGAUAAGGCCUGGACAUAUCCGCUUUGAGCCUCUCAGUAAAGCGGGUGCUAAUCAGGCUGAGCAGCAAACUCACAUUCCUGUGGAGAUAUUUCAUUGGAAUGGUAUAACAAGCAAAAAGAAGGGUCAGAAAUGGGGCAAAGAAAAAGCUACAUCAUAUAAAAGGAAUGACCAUAGAAAUGUCAGUCAAGAGUGCUCCGAGGUGCGAAAGGAUGGAGGAAGACCUGUAUAUGACCGUGUUGACUUUGAGAAGCUUGAAUUCUAUACUACCUUACCUAAGGAAGGCGACGUGAUUGCUUAUCGUUUGAUUGAACUAUCACCAUCCUGGACCCCUGAAAUAUCAUCCUAUCGAGUUGGAAAGAUAUCAAGAUAUGACAUGCAGUCCAAUAGAGUUCGGUUGGUGCCAGUCCCAGGAUAUCCAGUGACUCACAAGGAGACAGGCGAUGAUGCAUCUGCUGCACCAUCAGAAACCAUCCCUUAUGCAAAAGAUGGUUCUUUAUGGAUAGAGUUUGCAUCACUUAUUGAAGUUCGUCUUGUCACCCGAGGCAACUCAAAUUCAGUAAAAUCAGUUGCUGGUGAAAUUGACAAGGUCCCUGUCAGAGAUCAAGACAAUAGAACAGGUUGUCGGUCCAACAAUGGCAAUGAAUCUCAUGUUUCUGCCCAAGAAAAUGGAAAAGGAAAUGCAUGGGAAGAAAUUAGCGAGGCUCUGAAUGCAAAGAAGGCAGAGCUAGCUCAGGAAGAUAAUUGGAAUAAGCCUGGGAGUUCAGGCAGGAGACCAUGGUCCUACAAGGCCUUGAGAGGCAGUGCACUGGGUCCAACAAUGGCUUUAUUAAGAGCACAAAACGAACUAUGAGUAAAUUAUCUGCCUUUGGAAGUUACGGUAAAGUUUUCACUUGUUUUUGCAGCUUCUAAGGUAUGUGAGCCUUUAGGUUCCAAUUUUUGGUUUUCAUGUAUGUAAUGACAAAGACAUGGGGAGGCUACUGAUGACUAUGCUUUCUGUAUAGUGGUGCUGUUAUGUCUACUACUGUUUCUCCGAUUAGUACAGACUCGGGUUUUUGUUGUUCA